UGUGUGUGUGUGCGCGCGCACGCACGCAUAUAUUAAGAAUGAAGAAAGUGCUCUGGCUGGUUUUGCUCAGCGGUUACAGCAUUGGCCUGCAGACCAGAGAGUCCUGGGUUCGGUUACCGCUAAGGCUUCGAGAUUGUAUCCAAAAGACCUUGAAUGAGUGGAGUUCCCAAAUCAGCCCUGAUUUGGUCAGGGAGUUGCCAGAUGUCUUGGAAUGUACUGUAUCUCAUGCAGUAGAAAAGAUAAAUCCUGAUGAAAGAGAAGAAAUGAAAGUUUCUGCAAAACUAUUCAUUGUAGGAUCAAACUCUUCUUCAACUAGAAAUGCAGUUGACAUGGCCUGUUCAGUCCUUGGAGUUGCACAGCUGGAUUCUGUGAUCAUUGCUUCACCUCCUACUGAAGAUGGAGUUAAUCUUUCCCUGCAGCAUUUGCAGCCUUACUGGGAGGAAUUAGAAAACUUGGUUCAGAGUAAAAAGAUUGUUGCUAUAGGCACCUCUGAUCUGGACAAAACACAGUUGGAACAGCUGUAUCAGUGGGCCCAGGUAAAACCAAAUAGUAACCAAGUUAAUCUUGCCUCCUGCUGUGUGAUGCCACCCGAUUUGACUGCAUUUGCUAAACAAUUUGACAUACAGCUAUUGACUCAUAAUGAUCCAAAAGAGCUGCUUUCUGAAGCAAGUUUCCAAGAAGCUCUUCGGGAAAGCAUCCCUGACAUUCAAGCGCACGAGUGGGUGCCACUGUGGCUACUGCGAUAUUCAGUCAUUGUUAAAAGUAGAGGAAUUAUCAAAUCAAAAGGCUACAUCUUACAAGCUAAAAGAAGGGGUUCUUAACUAUGACUUAGCGUCAUAACCUACUGACUUGUAUUUUCCUUGAAUGUGAGAUUAAAUUGAGAUGUGUAAAAAUUUAAUUACCGAGGUAUCAUUGAGGCAGAUGUUCUUUAGUUCUAUUUGACAUGUUAUCUAUCAAGUUUUGACUACUUCUCUUGCCUCCUGUCAAUUCACAUGAACCUCUGUAUUGUUUUCAUUAAACUAUUGUUUUCUAAUUGAAAUUAUCUACAAAGAAAUAUUUGCAAUAUAUUUUUCCUUUAUUUUUAUGACUAAUAGAAAUCAAGAAAAUUUGUUGUUAGAUAUAUUUUAGCCUAGGCAUCAGGGUAAUGUAUAUACAUAUUUUUUAUUUCCAAAAAAAUUCAUUAAUUGCUUCUUACUCUAUAGUAUAAGUAAGCAAUUUGGUUACAAUAGUUAAAACUGAAAUACUGGAAGAUAUUUUUUCUGUUGUUGAUAAGAUGAUUAUAUCUCAAAGUAACUGGAGUAGCUGGGAUCUACUAGUAGUGUAAAUAAAAUUAAUUUCUUCAAUAUGUUGAUAGAAACAAAUUUUUUAUUUAAGUUUACUUAAUAACCUUACUUAUAGUUUACCUUACAAUGAUUUAACCUUGUUUUCUUGUCCAUAUUUUCUCUUGCUGUUAUUUACAAAGCCAAACCAAAGUAAAUCUAAAAAGAGACUAGAAACUUCUGAAUUAUUGUUUGGGGGUUUUAUAAUAGCGACUAUUAUCACUUUCAUAUUGUCUCUAAUUAUUGAUUUAUCCUUAAUAUUUUGCUAUUCAUUCAAGAAUAUCCAGUAAACAUUGAGCACUUACCAUGUGCUGGGCACUGUGGGCUCUGGAGAGAGGAGAGGGCACAGGGGUUAGGAAUCAGUUGAUAAAUAUGUGGCAUUUGUUUCCCACUAAUAACUGAUUGUGGGGGACUAAAAGCCAGGAGAGGGGUGUAAAAAGUCUUAAUUAUUUAAAAGCAAAACAAUACAAUCAAAAGUUUAGAGCUACAAGAGAUUAUAGAUCAUUUGGUAUGAUUUCUCAUUAAAGAAUCAAAAAAUAGCAAAUAACUAAUCUAUGACCUUUGAUAUAUACUAUAAUCUAGGUCUCCCUAAUUCUAUAAAUUUGGAAAAUCCGUCAAAAAUCUCUUGUACCUCAAUCAAUACUUUUAAACCAUGUAGUUUAAUAUAUGGUUUAACAAACUACAUAUUAGUUUUAUAUAUUUAUAUAUAUAAUUAAUUUGCCCAACGUUUUUCAGCUUAGGGAACAGAACUGUGGUUCUGUAUUCAAAGUAAAUACACUAGAUUCUUUUCCUAUCAUAAAUAAGGUUUUGUGGCUUAGUGGUUAGAUAAUUGAUCAUUAGAAUUAUAAUGUUAUAUGAACUGAUUUACCUGCUAAAACUUGCUUAGACUUUGAGCUUCCUAAAGCCUUAUAUAGCCUUUAUAUUAAUUGUAUGUAACGUUAUUAAAUGUAUAUAGUUAACUUUUUUAUUUGGAAAUGUACAUUUUUCAUAUACAUAAGUCUUUAAACAAAUGCUCAUUUUAAUUUAAGCCUAUACAGUGAGUUGGUCAAGAUACUUUAAGAAAGAAUUUUAAUAUCACAUUUAUUGUUUUUUUUAAACUCUAGACUUAAAAAAAUGGAUUAUUUGAAGGUUUAUUUUGAAAAUGGGAAAAAAAUAACAAACUUAUGUUGCUAAUGUAUCCAAACUUAAGAGGAGCUUUUUUGUAUUCUUUUCCCCCCACUCCUGACAAAGAAGAUUAUAGAUUCAUUUUGUGAAAGGGAUCAUGUAUGGGAUUUUUAAAUGAGUUUUUGUUUGUUUCACUUCUGUACCUUUAAUUUCUGUUAUUGAAUAACCUUUAAAAAAAACUGAUUUUGUAAGUUUUUUUAAUUUUCCAAACUGAUUUUCACAUCUUCGUGUGUGUGUGAACUAUCAGAAAAUAGUAAACACUUUUCAAAUAUUUAAGAACUUAGUAUUUUAAAAGCCAUAAAAUAAAGAAGUGAUACUACCAAAUAAUUGCUUAAAGUGAAAGUUAAGUUAUCAAUAGUGUCUGUAACAGAUAUGUUUUCUGGGGAGAUGUGUAUCCAGUGGACCAAGGUAGAAAGAAUUUCUAUGAUUGUUUUCUUUCAGUAAACAUGAAAAAAAAAACAAAAAACUGCAGCUUAUUAUUACAUUUCCAAAAUACAC